CGUCUCCGCCUCCAUUCCGGCCUGGCGUCCACCCUUUGUCGCUUCUCUGCAGACCAUCGUCACCAACUCACCACCAGCCACCAUCCCUCCCCUCGGCCUCGUGUUCGCAGCGGCCAGCGCCUCCGAGAUGGAGCUCCGCCUCUGCCUCCGUCUCCACGCACGCCUCCCUCCUUCCGCGACGCCACCGCCUUUCCCGGCGCCCGCGGUGCUCCCAGCCUCCCGCCGCCUUCGGACGGGAGGAAGCUAUGGGGUUGCUCUUAGGCGGCACACGAGGCGUUCGAGUCCGGUAAUCCGUGCUUCAAUAGCCGACGGCGAGCAGGGUGUGUCUGUGAAGGAGAGGAGCGUCUCGGUGAUCCUCUUGUCCGGAGGCCAGGGAAAGAGAAUGGGGGCAAAUAUGCCAAAGCAGUAUCUACCUCUACUCGGACUACCAAUUGCAUUGCACAGUUUAAAAACAUUCUGCCAGCUGAAGGAAGUCAAAGAAGUCGUGGUGGUGUGCGAUUCAGACUACAGCGAUGUAUUUGAAGGUUCUAUUGAGAACUUGCAAAUACCUCUUAAAUUUGCACGCCCAGGAAAAGAGAGACAGGACUCCGUUUUUAAUGGACUUCAGGAAAUUGAUGGGGAUUCGGAAUUAGUUUGUGUUCAUGAUUCUGCGAGGCCCUUAGUUUCUUCUGAAGAUGUAAAAAAGGUCUUAGAAGAUGCUGCAGUACAUGGAGCAGCUGUUCUUGGUGUGCCUGUGAAAGCUACAAUAAAGGAGGCCAAUAGUGAUUCUUUUGUUGUAAAAACUCUUGAUCGGAAAACUCUCUGGGAAAUGCAAACUCCACAGGUAAUGAAGCCCAAGUUACUCAAAGAUGGUUUUGAGCUUGUUAAACGGGAUGGCCAUGAAGUCACUGAUGAUGUAUCCAUUGUAGAAUAUCUAAAACACCCUGUCUAUAUCACUGAAGGGUCUUAUACAAACAUUAAGGUGACUACUCCUGAUGACUUGCUACUGGCUGAGCGCCUGAUGAAUGAGAAGUAGAGGUGAUAGGCAAAAUUAACUGUUUGCCUGAUUUUACAGACAAUUUUGUAGCACGGCAUUCAUCCACACUUCUACAGUUUUGAAAACCGAAAUAAUUAUGGAGCUCAUACACGAGAUAGCUGACCUCUUUGUAUUCAUUCUGUCAUUCUUUAUAUAUCAAUGGAAAAAUGGUCACGCUUUCUGCUGA